GGGCUUCAUUCUCAACCCAAAGCUUCUAGCAAGCGCAUCCCACCUUUCAAAAAGAGAAAAAAAGAACACAAGACACUCACUGUGUGUCCAUGUUUUCCCUGUCAUCUUUAUACACAUAUCUGAUCAAACCCGAGAGCUGCCAUCCACAACGACGAGGUCACACGGAGGAAUUUCUGCUGCAAUUUUAAACGAAGACACUGGAAGACUCCCUCUGCACAGCCUAUAGCUUCUUCUCUCGUCACUAUGUGCUCUUAAACCACCCAAUAAAGUCCUGCUUUUUGCACAUUUGUUGCUCUGUCUUACACAUAAACGUUUUCAGAGAAACAAAAAAAAGACAAGAAAAGAAAAAAACAUCGGUCAUGUUUCUCACCUGCCAGGCAUCCCUUGUCUCAUCGUUGCACGGACUCUACUGACGUUCAAGAGACAGAACGAGAACACACUCCGCAACUUUGCCUUAUUUUUUUCCUCAGAAGUUACCAUCAGAUUGAUUGAAUUCGGAGACAGACAUUCGUUUCCAUUAUUUUUUUUUUCUGCUCAUAAAAUAUCUGAUCGUUUCUUUCGGUUUUAAGUUUCAUCACCGAGGCGAAACGGCGGCUUCAGUUGAUUAUUUUUCUUUUCUUUGCUAUCCUAUGGAUAUUCACUGCAAAGCAGACCCCUUCUCAGCGAUGCACCGGCAUGGGGGUGUAAACCAGCUAGGAGGGGUGUUUGUGAACGGCAGACCCCUACCUGAUGUGGUAAGACAGAGGAUUGUAGAGCUCGCGCACCAGGGAGUGCGACCCUGUGACAUCUCAAGGCAGUUGCGGGUCAGCCAUGGCUGUGUCAGCAAAAUUCUCGGCAGGUAUUACGAGACUGGCAGCAUUAAACCUGGAGUUAUUGGUGGUUCGAAACCUAAAGUGGCAACUCCAAAAGUUGUGGAAAAAAUUGCAGAAUAUAAACGCCAGAACCCAACAAUGUUUGCCUGGGAGAUCAGAGACAGGCUUCUGGCAGAAGGCAUCUGCGACAAUGACACUGUUCCCAGUGUAUCAUCCAUCAACAGGAUUAUUCGGACCAAAGUUCAACAGCCUUUCCAUCCAUCUCCAGACGGAACUGGAACACCACUCUCAACACCAGGUCACACUAUUGUUCCAAGCACGGCAUCUCCACCAGUUUCCAGUGCUUCAAGUGAUCCAGUGGGCUCCUAUUCUAUUAAUGGCAUUUUGGGAAUUCCACGGUCAAACGGAGAAAAAAGAAAACGAGAUGACGAUGGUUCUGAUGGUUCUGGCCCAAACAGUGACUCUCAGGGUAGUGUUGACAGUUUACGCAAGCACCUAAGGGCUGAUGCUUUCACCCAGCAGCAACUAGAAGCUUUAGAUCGUGUUUUUGAAAGGCCUACAUACCCAGAUGUCUUCCAAACAUCUGAACACAUUAAAUCAGAACAGGCAAAUGAAUAUUCUCUACCAGCACUGAAUCCGGGACUAGAUGAAGUAAAGUCUAGUUUGUCCGCCACUGGCAGCCAAGAUUUAAGUUCAAACGUUUCUCAAAGUUAUCCAGUAGUGACAGAAUCCUAUUCAUCCACCAUCUGUGUAAAGCAGGAGCCACAUGAAGCAUCACUGGCUCCUUUCACCCCUUCCUCUCUGGCAAGCUCAGGCCUAGCGGAGCUCCAGCCUUUCCAGUCUGCCGUGUCUGUAGAUGCCUCUACCCCUCCCUACUGUGCUUAUACGCACCAUGGCCCCAGCUACAGCCAGUAUGCAAGCCAACAUUUAACAGCAGGUCGAGACAUGGCAAGUACCACACUACCUGGGUAUCCUCCACACGUUCCUCCAACCGGUCAAGGCAGCUAUCCAACGUCUACACUUGCUGGAAUGGUACCUGGAAGUGAAUUUUCUGGCAAUCCAUAUACCCAUCCGCAGUAUACGACUUACAAUGAAGCCUGGCGAUUUAGCAACCCAGCACUAUUGAGUUCCCCUUAUUAUUAUAGUGCCGCAUCCAGGGGCGCCGCACCUGCCACUGCUUCCACUGCCUAUGACCGCCACUAGUUACCACAGAAACCAAAUGAAACUACAGGACGAUGGGUAUGGCCUCCAUAUUGUACCAGUGUGAACAACAUUAAAAUCCAAGGGAUGGAAGAUAACAACCAAAGCUUCCUACUUCUCUUGCAUACAAUGUGAAGGAUGGACAUUAGAAGACUUCACACACCAUUCAGCCUGGCAACCAUUAACACCCCUGUUCUAAGUUUUGGUCUGCAAUCUCUUAAAAUUAAAAGAAUUGAAAAAAUACCUGAGACUUUAAUUUAAAAGAAAUAAAAGACAAAGGAAGAAAAAAUGGCAAAUGCUAAGAAAGUGACUUGCUUCUAUCUCCUCUUGGAUCAAUACAUUCCUGGACUUCAGUGAGGUGUCUUCUAAGGAGUUUCUGAAAGGAUCAGAGCUGAAAGCAGUAGUUUACUCCAAAGUAGCAAUUCUGCGUAAAUCUCUGGACACGUGCUAUUCCUUGUUUACAGUUCAUGAGAGGAUCGUUAUAAAAUUGUCAGCCAUUUAAGAAGACUGGAGAGGGUGGUAUGCAACUUAUUUGUUCCACUCCCUUUUGUCAAUGCAUUAAAAAAAAAACAUCUUUUAAAAAGAAUAUAUAUAUAAAUAUAUAGAGAGAGAAAGAUAGGUCUAUCUGCUUGACGAUACCAUAAGAAGGUUAAGGUGGACAUGUUUUCUGUGAUACACAAUCAAAUGUAAAAUAAGCAAGCCAUGAAACACCAUGGUCUUCUACCAACAAAAAAUUAAAUAAGUGAAUAAAUAUUAAGUUAAGUUUUUAUUAUUAUUAUUAUUAUUGUUAUUAUUAUUAUUACUGUUAUUGUUAAUAUUGAUAACAUGAAGGUCUGUAUAAAUGUUAGGGAUCUGUUUGUUUUGGCUUUUCCUUCUUUUCUUUAAUAAUCAAGACAAGUGAUCUUCAAGAGAGUCCAUGCAAUAUCUGAUCCUUAUUUGUACUUAUUUUUGCACUAUUAUAUUAAGGUCUGAAGGUAUAGGAAACAAACUCUGAGUUCACUGACGGUAAAUAUUUGUUCUAAUGUGGGAUAGUAUGAAUUACCAGGCUUUAUCACUACAGAAAGAUAAAGGGGUGUUCAGCUAAAGUUUGUCAUUAGUGAGAGCUGGCACUUAAAGAACCUCCUUAAACAAGUUUACAAUUGAUUAUCUGUUUCAUUACAGUGGUUUAUAAAUACAUGCUCAGAUUUUAUAUAUCUAUAUUAUUUUUUAAACUGGUCUUUUUUUAAGCCCGUCCCUUACAGUUGGUUCUAAGCGGAGUCAAACUUUCUAAUUUUUUGGCAUAGCAUUAUAGCUUAAUGAAUAGCAAAACUAUAAAAAAUAAGUUAUUUGCACUUAUGAAUGUAAAUUCAUAUAUCAUUUAUUUGGCAACAUACCAUUGAAUCCUAAAAGCCCCUUUAAAAAAAAAACAAAAAAAACAAAAAACAGGCAAAUGUUCCAAGGCUACAGUUCUCUCAAAGUCAAAAGACUAAAGUCACUUUCAAGAAAAAAGCAACUACAUUUAGUAGUCAGUCCUACUUAAAUACAAAUAUAUAUGCUGCAAAAGAAAAUAAUACUUUUGGCAUCUUUUACUGGCUAGCCCUUUAGGCUCAUUGGCCUACUUGGAAUAUGGAAAAAUAGUGUGAAGCAAUUCUAAUGGUAAAAUCAAAAAGGAUAUUAUAAUGAUCAUUUAAUUGAAAGCCUGAUAAAUGCUUUUGCAGAACAAUUUUAGCCCACAGCAACAGUAUCCAUCUACAAAGAACAUCAUUCAGA